AUGAAUGUUUGCGAGAGCCCUGGGGAGAGGGCUUAUGAGCACUGGGAGCGUGCGAACAUGGUUCAAACAAUGAUAGCAGCCAGGAAGCAAGAGAUCCAAAAAACACGGACUGAGGCGUCAAAGGAACUGACGCGAGACUUUGAGCAUUUAGAGGCAUCAAUGCCCCCAUACGAGCUCCCCGUACCAAUCGCUUAUUGCACGGGCGUACAGCAAUUCGAAAAGGAAUACGACAAGCGGUUUGGGAAUGCGAGGGAAAUAUUUGUGGACAUGGAAUGGUCCAAGGUGACUGGCCGAUUCACCAUUCUCUAUCGACGAAUGAUGGGCCAAACCCUCAACCGAAUAAGUACGAUCCAAUUUGCCCACUCAUCGGGCGUGAUAGUAUACCAACUAGAGACUAGUGCAUGCCCAACAAAAAUAAAGCAGAUACUCACUGCGGGACAUGUCACAAAAUAUGGAGUUGGCAUCCGAUCCGACAUGAAAACGGCAGAAGAGGUCUGGGGAUUCUCCAUGGCAAACACAAAAAGAUAUUGGCGAGCUUGCAGUCCAACUGCAUCCUCAUCAUUGGAAGAGGACGAAGGGCCUCAACCAACAACCAGGGGAUACGAAAGCUAG